UGAGGGCGCUGGAAUCGUAUAACACUUUAUAUAACAGUCGUUCCGUGCAUUUCUGCGUGUGAGGGAAGUUGUUUUCUCUGCGGUUUUAGGCGAAAUUACAAAGUAAAAUGUGUUCAAUUAGCGUCAGCACAGCUCUCAGAGUACUGAGGAACGUUCCUGUAAUCGCACACACCCCCAAUUCAAGCCCAUUCCGCUUUAUCAGCAUCUCAACAAGUCGGAGGAACUUUGCCUCAGAGGACACGCGGCAGGAUCAAGCACCGGAAGUGUCGGAGAAUGAGAAGAAACUGUCAACGCUGGUGGAGGAACUCAACAAGGAAGUGAGCGUCGAAAAGGAGAAGAAUACGGAUCUUCUGGACAAGUAUAAGAGGGCACUUGCCGAUGGGGAGAAUCUGCGUGUGAGGCUUACAAAACAGAUCGACGAUGCGAAACAGUUUGGGAUUCAGAGCUUCUGCAAGGAUCUGCUGGAAGUGGCGGAUAUUCUGAGUGCGGCGACAGACACGGUGCCUAAGGAGGAGAUAUCGGACAAGAAUCCACAUCUGAAGAACCUGUUUGAGGGACUGACAAUGACCAAAGCAUCCCUGGAUCAAGUGUUCAAGCGACACGGCCUGGAGAGAGUCAAUCCUCUCAAUGAGAAGUUCAAUCCGAAUCUCCACGAGGCUCUCUUUCAACUGGAGAACAAGUCAGUGGAGCCAAACACGGUGAUCGAAGUCAGCAAAAUCGGGUACAAACUCAAGGAUCGCUGUAUACGACCUGCUCUCGUUGGCGUCUCCAAGUCCUCGUAACAAGUCAUCUUGUCCUUUUGUUGGUGAUUUCCCGCGAAUUGUUGACUCUGUCGCAAUCCAAUAAACUAGUGGCAACAUAUUGUCAAAUAA